CCUAAACGAGCUUUCGGCGAUGUGGCGGAUCGUCCAGCUGGUGCUGCCAGCGUACGACGCGACCAUGGAUCUGCUUCGCCAAGCGAUGACGGUGACCGAGUGCUUGCGCGACGACUUGUCGUUUGAUCGUCUGCAGCAAGUCGGUGCAGUCUCGGUCGACGCCUUAGAGCCACCGAUCGAUUCGACGUCGCGCUCGAGCUUCAACGUGGCCGACCCGCCUGUCUGCACCAGCCGCAUGAGCGCGUACAAAUUUGAGACCGGCGUGUCAAGGUACGACGACGGCGAUUGCUAUGCCAAGAGCAUCUUGUCGGUCGCGUGGCACCCAGCGUGCGACGUGCCCAUCGACGUCACGCCGCACCUCCAAGAACGCGAGGUCGACGACUUCCUUGCCACAAUUCGCGGUCAUCAAUGCACGGCCAUGACAGCUACAUGA